CUCUUUUUCUUCUCCAUAAACCAUUUGCUCUCCCCCCUCCAAGUUCUUGUGCUUGCAUAUGCAAGCUGCACACGCACAGGCCAUCCACAGCAUGCUGGUCACCUUGUUCCAGCAGCUGCCGCAGCAUGCAAGCCAUCCAAGCCAGGCACAGCACCACCACGCGCAGCACACCACCAGCACGCGCAACGCAAGCCGAGCAAAAGCCGGGAUUCCCUCGCGAGCUUCGCGGGCAAUGCAGCACGCCACACUGUGCCGCCCGCGUAGUGCCAAGCCGCUGCCGCCGAGUUGCCAUAUCGUCCCAUCACCACGCCGAGCUGCUCGCCGGGCCAAAGCCGUGCCGGCCGCCGCGACCGCCGCCGUGAGACACAACGCCUCAGCCUCGCGUCCCACGAGCUCCACGCGCCCCGGGAUGCUCACCGCGCUGCUCGCCCCUGCCCGACCUGGCUCGUCGCCUGCGCACCAUCAUCUCAGCACCACCGCUCCGCAAGCGACGCUCGCUAGCUGCUGUCCGGCCACAGCACCUCCAUUGAAGGCGGCCGGUGGAGCGCUGGCACAGCUCGCCGCGGUCCCGAGCUCGCUGAGCCACCCCGCUCCGCGGCUCACCUUCUCCCUCGCCCCAACUCCUUCUUGCUCGGUUCUUCAGCAAGAAGAGAGCCACCGUCGAUCUCCUCCAUCGAGCCAGCCUAGUUCAAUUCCUCCUACGCCGACGGAGUGACUGACGAGGAGAACGCCGAUGAGUUCGCCGACCAGUACCGCGAGCCCAAACCCGAAGGACAGUGCCACGAUCAGGACUUCCCGGAAGGCUUUGCGAACGGCAAGUUCAAUCUCAUUUUUUGAUGCAUAUUUUGUCCCAGUUUUAUAAGCACAACAUAUUGGCCUGUUUUCAAAAUUGCAUAUUGUUUUGCUGCUAAAACCCGGUUGGAUAGCCACUCCUUGAUUGCUUUGACCAUUCCUUGAUAACAUAGGUUUAUCUCUGAAUAUGAUUUACUCCGUUUGGAUGAUAAACCCUGCUAGAGCGCUUAGGACCCAGUUACUCAUUGCCCUUCAAAUAUUAUUAUGAAAUAUUUUCAAAACAAAGAAAAGCGUGAGUAUCAAAAUGGGAAAAAUGAGAUUUUUGGAAAAUAAAUGAAAGACAUGCUUAGAUGAGAUGGAUGGUGAUUCCUGUGUGGGACGCCAAAUGGUGCGCUCGUACCUGUGUGGUUGAGCAAUAUUGGGAGAUAUCCAUCUUGUCACAAUUAAGGACUGUGUUGAUGUGUCAUCUUGCCUGACUCAACUAUCGUGCAAACCACUCGACCG